UGUGAAUAUCUCAUCAUGUCUUUCAAAAGGCCACAUCAUGGGCCUUACAAGAUCUCCUCACCUACCAGAGAACCUGAAGUCAUUACCCUUGCGGACAGUGAUGAAGAGGAUUCUCAGGAUUUGUUCGAUUCCUUAUCAGAAGGCAAGACACAAAGCAUCGAAAUUCUGGACUCGGAUGAUUUGUUCUCGAGUCCAGAAAGCCAAUCUGGCAGUCCUCACAAAAGGAAAGCGGUCCCUUGUAGUCCUUUUAGGAAGCAAUCAAUCACACUAUCGCCUUUCCUGAAAAGACAAGGUCUAUCUAGUUCAAGUCGACUGGAAGAGAGAAAAUCAUGUAGAACAAUGAGACGAUCAUCAUCAGCGUGUAUUUCGCCUUGGAAAAGUGCUGCGCCAACGGUUUCUUUUCGAAGGAGUGCGAAAAGUAUAAGCGAUGAUAUGAUCACUAAGGAAGAUCCAUUAAUAAUCACGUUAGAGGAGGACAACCAUUCAAAAAAUGUGAAGUUUCUGAGAAGUCCAGGAAAGAGACGAAAAUGUGAUCUAUGGGCGAAAAAUCGUUUGGAAGAAAUGGGUCGGAAGUUUGAGGAACGUAAUCAGAUAUUAUCUAAACUUGUGAAAGAGGACGGCGAUUUCUUCGAUAUCGUUCAUGGUGGCGCUUUUGAACGGGUUCGGAAAAAGGCUAAAGAAGAGCUCAAAGAAGGCAAUGUCAUUCGCAAGCAAACAGAUCGUGCUAAAUUGCUUGGAGUGGCACAUCCUACUUCAGAAGCUUACUUCGACGCCUUGGAACUGAGCCCGCAAUCCAAGCAGCAACGAGUCAAUGAGGUUCCGUUCAUUUUCAAUCGGCAUGAAAGUAAUUUAACAAUGCAGUCGAGCUUUUGCUCAAGAGUGGAAGUCACCCUCCAUUAUCGACUAAGCAGAAGCUUAAAAGUCCUCAUUAUGCAUAUUCCCCCCUCAAGGGAGUGA